GACAGGGCUGGGGAAAACAUGCAACGCAAAUGGGGUUUGAACUGAGGAGGGAAUUUGCACUCUUCCAGAUCUGUCAUUUUGUAAUUGUAAUUUCGCUGCGUGUGUCAGUUAAAGAUUAGUGUUUGGAGUUAAAAAUAAAGAUUUGUUAGCGUAAUUGUUGGAUCCAAUAGAAUACGCCCUGCCAGGUCCUCUCUCUCUCUCAACAGUCAAACGCAGCAUAAUAACAAUAACUCUAAUACUGCCGCAGAUUGAAUUCCACUCCACUAUUGUUCCUUUCGCAGUGAAGAUGGUAGAAAAUGGUUUUGUUGAAGACGACAGCAUAACCAGAAAGUCUUCUAGCAAAAAGGUUGACCCAGGGAAACCUCCUGGACUUACGUGGCAGCGAAAAUUAAACAACGAAGGAAUUGCUCUAGUAGAAUUCACCUUAUCUUUAAAAGAGAUAAUUCAUCUGGCUCCAAUUGGUUAUCGGCUAUGGCGCCAUGUACGUGAAGAAGCUGCCAAAGGAAGGGGGGGAUUGAUUGAUCCUUUUGCCAAGCGUUAUGUAACAUCUUGUCAUGGUGUACCUUUAGGUGGUAUCGGUGCAGGAAGCAUUGGAAGAGGUUUCAAAGGUGAAUUUCAGCGUUGGCAACUAUUCCCUAGAAUAUGUGAAGAGAAACCGGUCUUAGCAAAUCAGUUUUCUGUUUUUGUUUCUCGUCCAAGUGGUGAAAAAUAUUCUAGUGUACUUUGUCCAGUGAAGCCAGAUAUAUUAAAACAAAAUCCAGUGUCAGGAAUUGAAUCAUGGGAUUGGAAUUUGAGUGGGAACAGUUCCACAUAUCAUGCAUUAUAUCCAAGAGCUUGGACAGUAUAUGAGGAACCUGACCCUGCUCUGAGAAUUGUUUGUCGUCAGAUUUCACCUGUUAUACCCCAUAAUUACAAGGAAAGUAGCUUCCCUGUAUCAGUUUUCACUUUCACGCUGAAAAAUUUUGGUAACAUGACAGCAGAUGUCACCUUGCUUUUCACAUGGGCAAUGUACCCAUUUUGUUGCUCUCUCUCUCUCUCUCUCUUCCUCCCCCCCCCUGCAGAAAAAAAAAUGCCUAUAGUUUAUUCUAAGAUUCAAGGUACAUGUUAUAUCUUGCUAGGAUGAAUGAUGGGGUUCAUGGUGUGCUUCUACAUCACAAGACUGCAAAUGAGAGAUCUCCAGUUACCUUUGCUAUUGCAGCAGAAGAGACUGAAAACGUUCACAUUUCAGUAUGUCCUGUCUUUGUUAUAUCUGGUGCUUACAAUGGUAUCUCGGGAAAAGAUAUGUGGCAUGAAGUUAAACAGCAUGGGUCGUUUGACCAUUUGAGUUUUGCUAAAACCCCCGUGCCUUCAGAACCGGGAUCAUCUAUCGGAGCAGCUAUUGCAGCAACCGUGAAUAUUCCUUCUGAUGCUGAGCGUAUUGUGACAUUUUCAUUGGCGUGGGACUGCCCUGAAGUCAAGUUUCCUUGGGGAAGGACAUAUUACAGGCGUUACACUAAAUUCUAUGGUACUAAUGGAAAUGCUGCUGCAGAUAUUGCACAUGAUGCUAUUAUUGAGCAUUGCCAAUGGGAGACCCAGAUUGAAGAUUGGCAAAGACCGAUACUUGAGGACAAGAGACUUCCUGAAUGGUAUCCAACUACCCUUUUGAAUGAACUUUACUAUUUGAAUUCUGGGGGGACAAUUUGGACAGAUGGUUCACCUCCUGUGCAUAGUUUAGUUGGCCUUGGAGAAAGAAAAUUUUCCUUGGAUGGAUUUAUAUCUAAUUUAGAGAAUGAAAAUCAUUUAUCACAACAAAAGGGUACUGCUAUCAGCAUUCUUGAAAUGUUUAGGUCAGUAGUUGAGCAAAUAGACUCUCCACCGGCAUCAAGGUCUGCAUAUGGAGUAAAUCUGCUCCAAGAAGGGGAAGAAAACAUUGGUCAGUUUCUUUAUCUUGAAGGCAUUGAGUAUCAAAUGUGGAAUACCUAUGAUGUCCAUUUUUACUCAUCUUUUUCACUAGUCAUGCUAUUUCCAAAACUUGAACUCAGCAUCCAAAGAGACUUUGCUGCAGCAGUACUGAUGCAUGACCCUAGUAAGAUGAAACUUCUACAUGAUGGCCAGUGGGUACGAAGAAAGGUUCUUGGUGCUGUUCCUCAUGAUAUUGGAACCAAUGAUCCAUGGUUUGAAGUAAAUGGCUAUAAUCUUUAUAACACAGAUAGGUGGAAAGACUUGAAUACAAAAUUUGUUCUCCAGAUUUACAGGGAUGUAGUUGUCACUGGUGACAAGAAGUUUGCACAAGCUGUUUGGCCCUCUGUUUAUAUUGCUAUUGCUUAUAUGGACCAAUUUGACAAGGAUGGUGAUGGAAUGAUUGAGAAUGAAGGCUUCCCUGAUCAAACUUAUGACACAUGGUCUGUGUCUGGUGUGAGUGCAUAUAGUGGUGGACUGUGGGUGGCAGCACUUCAGGCAGCAUCAGCCCUGGCACGUGAAGUGGGUGACAAGGGUUCUGAAGAUUAUUUUUGGCUGAAGUUUCAAAAAGCAAAAGCUGUAUAUGAAAAAUUAUGGAAUGGUUCUUACUUCAAUUACGAUAGCAGUGGUGGAAGUUCGAGUUCAUCGAUUCAAGCUGAUCAAUUAGCUGGACAAUGGUAUGCUAGAGCAUGUGGUCUUUUGCCAAUUGUUGAAGAAAAGAAAAGUAGAAAUGCGCUCCAAAUGGUUUACAAUAAUAAUGUUAUGAAAGUAAAGGAUGGGAGGCGUGGUGCUGUAAAUGGAAUGUUACCUGAUGGAAAAGUUGACAUGUCAUCAAUGCAAUCACGAGAAAUAUGGUCAGGAGUCACAUAUGCCUUAGCUGCAACAAUGAUCCAGGAAAAUAUGAUUGCUUUGGCAUUUCAAACUGCUGGUGGAGUAUAUGAAGCUGCAUGGUCCUACUAUGGACUCGGUUAUUCUUUCCAAACUCCUGAAGCAUGGUCCACUAACGAUGAAUAUAGAUCUUUAUGCUACAUGCGGCCUUUAGCCAUAUGGGCAAUGCAAUGGGAAUUAUCAAGAGCAAAGCACACUCCACAUGAGAGAAAAUCAGAUAUAAAAGAAGAUAUUUUGUCUAGAUGUCAUGAUGGUUUCUUGAAAGUUGCGCACCUUCUAAAGGUGAAGGAGGAGACAGCUUCUAGAAGUCUAUUCCAGGUUAUAUAUGAUUUUACUUGCAAGAGGCUGUGGGUAUAGACAUGCCUAUUGCAAUUUAUAUUUCACAUUCUAUGACUAUAAUUUUGCGAGACCUUGUUGAUUCUGAAUGGUCCCAAUUACUUGAUGAGCUUUAUCAUCUUUCAGCAAUAAAUCAUCUCGUUUUCAGAAUAUGAGAAAAAUAAGGUUCUAUUG